GGACAGAUCGGCAAAUAGUCUAAUAUGGUAUAAGAUAAUUUCCUGUGAGUCCCAAGGCAGGCCAACAGAGCUCCAUAUUGGGACGGGCUCAGAGGAGAGCAAAGAAACUGGCCAGAGCCAGACAUCGUCUCUGUAUGCCUGUUGUGGGUGUCCCCAGUAGCCUGAGGAUUUUAUACUGGUGUGAAAAUACCCACUUCGUUGGCCACCAGCGCUGCAGAGUCCAUACAGCUGGAGAGUUGUACCCUUCUCCUUUUCAAGGAAAAGUGGCCAGGCCAUUUAGUGAAUUACCUGGCAACUGGAAAACCAGCUGGUUCAACCUGUAUAACUUCUGGAAGGAAGAUGGGUUCCAUAAUGUCCACAACAUGAUGAUCCACAAGUUUCAGAAAUUUGGGCCUAUUUACAGGGAGAAACUGGGCACCUACGAAAGCGUCAACAUCAUCGAUCCUGAUGACGCUGCUGCUCUCUUUAAAGCUGAAGGCAUGUACCCGGAGAGGUUCAUGGUACCCCCUUGGACGGCCUACCGUGACUUCCGCAAUAAAGCAUAUGGAGUGCUUCUCAAGAGUGGAGAGGACUGGCGUCAUGAUCGCCUGGCCCUGAACAAGGAAGUGUUGUCCCUCAAAAUGACAGAUAACUUUGUGCCCCUCCUGAACGAGGUGGGAGAAGAUUUUGUCCGGAGAGUACAAAUGCAGAUCCAAAAGAGCGGGCAGGGAAGAUGGACGGCUGACCUGAGCAACGAGCUCUUCCGUUUCGCCCUUGAGUCGGUUUGCAAUGUCCUGUACGGCACACGCCUAGGACUCCUGCAGGAUUUCAUUGACCCUGAAUGCCAGCAGUUCAUAGAUGCUGUGACAAUGAUGUUCCACAGUACCUCACCAAUGCUGUACAUCCCACCAAGCCUUCUGCGCAGGAUCAACUCCAAGACAUGGCAGGACCAUGUGAAGGCAUGGGACAUCAUCUUCCAGCAUGCUGACAAGUGCAUACAGAACAUCUACCGAGACCUUCGUCUGAAUCGGAAAAGUGCCCAGGAAUAUACGGGUAUUUUGUCCAGCCUCUUACUGCAGAACAAGCUGCCUAUCGAAGACAUCAAAGCCAGCGUAACAGAGAUGAUGGCAGGAGGGGUGGACACGACCUCCAUGACCCUUCAGUGGGCAAUGUAUGAACUGGCCCGAGCUCCAGGCAUACAGGAGCACCUGCAGUCAGAGAUCCUCGCAGCCACGUUGUCUUCCCAGGGAGAUGUGGUGAAGAUGUUGAAAUCUGUCCCACUGCUCAAAGCUACCAUUAAGGAAACAUUAAGGCUCCACCCAGUUGCAGUGACGAUACAAAGAUACCUGGCACAAGACAUUACCCUUCAGAAUUACUUUAUUCCUGCCAAGACAUUAGUCCAAAUAGGAAUUUAUGCAAUGGGUCGAGAUCCCAGGUUUUUCACCAAGCCUGAGCAAUUCAACCCACACAGAUGGCUGGAUGAAGACUCUAAAUACUUCCGAGGGCUGAGUUUUGGCUUUGGACCACGCCAGUGCCUGGGGCGCAGGAUUGCUGAGCUGGAGAUGCAGCUGUUCUUGAUCCAUAUCUUGCAAAACUUCAAGAUUGAGACAAAGAGAGGAGUGAACAUCGAUACCAUUUUCAAAGUGAUCUUGGUCCCGGACAAGCCCAUCUCCUUGACGCUACGGCCUCUCGACUCCCAUCCAUGAGAGGACAGAGACUUCCCAUCAGCCUCUGGGGCAACACAUGUGGAGCCUCAUUUAAGAACUCUGAGGAGGAUGGGAGCUGCCUUGCUAGUGACUCAUAUCGCUGUGCUUAAAGAUCCUCAGGGUUCCAGUGGCAGCUUGUUCAUAAAUGUACAAAUAAGACACUGCCAUUGAGAUAAAUGAUUUUGGGUGGGACUCCUUGGCUUUCCAGCCAUCUCACUCUUGGCUCAUGCAAUACAAUUAGACCAGGGCUAGGGAACCUCAGGCCUCCAGGCCUCUUCAUCUGGCCCUUGGAAAGAUCUGUCAAUUCCAAUUCUCUUCAUUUCUCCUUUUUCCAAACUUAAAUUUGGUUCUCCAUAUUUCUGCAGCCAUUUGUGAAUUUCCUUUUUAAAAAUCCUCAUGAAAUUUUUCCAGAAUUUUAGUGCGAAUUUCUCCUAAUAAACACAUUUUUGUAGGCAGUUUUAACUAAUGUACAUAAUUUUACAAGCCAUUUCUCCUAAUAUAAUGCAUUUUGUAUGCUAUUUUCACUCAUAUGUUUUUUAUGUACAUUUUCCCCAAACAUACACAUUUUGUAAACAUUGUUUUAUUGGCAAACUGCAUUGCAAAAUUCAAAUAAGUGCGGAAUUCAAAGGAUGGCUGUGCAUCAUAUGGUUCUCAUAUGGUUUCAGAAAGUGCAAAUUUGAUACAGUUGGCUUGAAAUGUGAACUGAAUUGAAUUUCUCAUCUAUCCCUACUUGGGGCUCUCCACAGGUCACAUCUCCUCCCUAGCCACACCCUCUUUCCUCAGGCCACGCCCCUCACCAUCCCUGCUUCACACCUGCCUUGAGUGCUUUUGCUUUUGCAUGCCUUUUGCAUGCCUGGAUGAAGGGGAGAGAAGGGGUGCAUUGAGUGUCGUGUAGAAAUUAGCUUACUGUAGAAAAGGUAAAAUUUACACUAAUUGCCCUGCCCACUUUUGCUUCUGGCCCUGCCCACCACUGGUAUGUGGCCCCUGGAAAGUUGCCGAGAAUGGAAUGUGGCCAUCGAGCUGGAAAAAGUCCCCACCCUGAUUUACACAUUGCAUGGGAAGGCAUAUUCACUAUACAGAGAGUCUUAGGGCCAAACCAUGCAAUGUUUGAACUGAAGAACAGGUGUGGGGAAUCUUUGGCCCUCCAAAUGUUGCUGAACUGCAACUCCCAUCAUCCUUGGCCAUUGACCAUGCUUCCUGAUGGGAAUGUUCAGAUAUUCAGCAACAUCUGGAUGGCCAAAGGUUUCCCAUACCUGCUUAAGAACAUAAGAAGAGCUCUGCUGGAUCAGACAGAAAGUCCAUCAACUCCAGUGUCUGGCUUCUUGCACUGCCCAAGCAGAUGCUUUGGGGAAACCCACAGGUAUUGCUUGAAAGCAAUAAGCUGUUGCCUCUCCCCAGCAACUAUAGAACACCACUGCCUGUGGUGAUGGGAUGUCUAUUGAGCUCAGCCAUUGAUUGACCUUGACUCCAACAAAUUUGUCUAAUAGCCUGUUAUAGCCAUCUAAAGCAGAGGCACCAAAUGUCAUAAAUCAAUUACAUGUUGUGUGAAGAAAUAUGUUCUUUGUCUCUGUCUGCCAACCUAUUUCUGUAGAUGAAAUUUCAUUUCCAUGGGGCUACUUGGCAUCUGACUUGGAUGUCCAUCUAGACUGGAUUGGAACAAAGCCGAACUAUCAUCAUAUUUGUUUGGGAAACAGAAUGUGUCAAACUAAGUCAAUCUUGGGGAAACUCACCUAUAGAUAUCAAGAGCACAUAUGAUGUGGUUGGGCAUUGGCUAGGAAUGGGGCAGUCAGACUCCAUUGUGAGUUUCCUAUUAGCCAUCAUCCUUUUUAUCAGAUGACCUCCUGUUCAGACUAGGGAUGGAAAGUUAUGUCAAUUUUGGUACUCUUAGUUUCUCAUUUUUGCAGUCUUAAAUUCAGUUCUCCAUAUUUC